UCAGCAGGAUGUCCAUACAACACCCGUGCACUGGUUGCCGGCUUAUCGACUCGUCGUGCAGCCCAAUCAGCCACGCAAAACGGUCUUGAGUGCAACAAAUCUGCCCAAUUACCUGAUUCGCUUUCCAUACACCCACUCGUUUCGACACACCCACUCGCCUAUACACCGGGCCGCAUCUAGACAUAUUUGCAAAAUCCUGCAUCCAGGAACAGUGCCUACACCUGCUGUAGACGAUUUGUAUGAGUGAGUCACAAGCACUGGAAAUGAAGAUAAUUUAUUAAGAUAGGCAAUUCCUAAUCAGAAAAACUGAAAUAAUUCCAGAUAUUAAUGUCUUGUACACAAUUAAUUUGGGUGAUGGGGUCUCGUGCAGGGACAAAGAAUGGCCGAUGUCGUUGUUUAUGUUGACGUCACGGCUACCAUAGCUACGGAGAGCUUUAACGGCUGUUCGAAUGAUGAAUACACUCAAAUGCUACUAGCUAGCUAGCUAAUCCACUCACUCAGCCUGAACAGGAGCCACUAGCUGAGCAAACCAUGGGCUUGCUGUCGAUUCUGCGAAGACUGAAGCACUCUCCAGACCAGGAGGUGCGGUUACUGUUGCUAGGCCUGGACAAUGCUGGCAAGACCACCCUGCUUAAACAGCUGGCCUCAGAGGAUGUCAGCCACAUCACCCCUACACAGGGAUUCAACAUAAAGAGCAUGCAGUCCCAGGGAUUUAAGCUAAACGUUUGGGACAUUGGAGGCCAGCGCAAGAUCCGCCCAUACUGGAGGAACUACUUUGAGAACACUGACGUACUGAUCUAUGUGAUUGACAGUUCAGACAGGAAACGAUUUGAAGAAACGGGUCAGCAGGAGCUAGCUGAGUUGAUGGAAGAAGAGAAGUUGAGCAUGGUGCCACUGUUGAUAUUUGCCAACAAGCAGGACCUGAUGACUGCAGCUCCUGCAUCAGAGCUAGCUGAGGGCCUCAACCUGCACACCAUCAGAGACCGGGUAUGGCAGAUCCAGGCCUGCUCUGCAAUCACCGCAGAGGGAGUACAGGAUGGCAUGACAUGGGUGUGCAAGAACAUAGCAGUUCCUAAGAAGUGACGCCAGGGGCAUACUUAUUCCCAAAGACUCAAACGAAGGGUAGGAGGUGAAAGGUGGAGUGGUGUUCAUUAUCAAAGCUUUUGAUUUGCUGUCAUAAUAUGUUUUAACAGUAUUGUGAUAUAUAUUUUUAUAGAUCAGGAGCCAGUUGCAAUAGAGUAAAUACUUUAAAGAGAAACAUUCUAUAAUGUUGACAUCACCAGCAUUGUAUUAAUGCUUCUCGAGUUGUAUAUACUGUAUAUAUGUUAUUAUUUAAAAAUGGGAAUUAUUCAGAUAUUACUCAACUGUCAUUUCUGUGUGCUGACUUUUGCCACCUUUUUGUAAUAGUCAGGAGGCUUAUUAUGAAGAUGUCGACGUUCUGAAUUGUGUUUUUUUAAGAAUAAACAGCUGAAUAGACACUACCCACUUGGCACAGAGGUCAGUUCCAACAUCUAGUGUUGAUUUAAAUUUGUUGAGUUGUCAACUAACAUGAAUUCAACGUGAUAUCAACAACAAAAAAUUAACCAUGUCAUUGGAUUUAGGUUAAAAGUUGGGUGAAAAAAACACAAAAUGCCCUUACAUUGAUGACAAUUCGUUUUCCACGUUGAUUUAACUCAUCACAUAGAUUUUUGGGGGUUGAAAUGACGUGGAAACAACGUUGAUUCAACCAGUUUUUGCCCAGUGGGUACUUUGUUGCGUGUAUGUGAUUGAAACUCUGUCCAUAGUACCAGUGGGGCAGGGAAAUAGGGAAAUAUCCUGCUGUGAAUCAGUAACCAGGUUUCCAUCCAACCAUUUCAUGCCGAUUAAUUACCUGAAGCAUGAAAAAAUAAAAUGUGUUUGUUCAAAAUGGUCGGAUCUUUUUGUGUCAGUAAAAUUAAUUAUGCGAGAAAUGGC